GUCUGAAAUUACAACUGCAUCAUUUUUCUACAAGCCCCUUCUCUGCAAAAAGCCAAAAAAACGAUUUCCCAAAUCUCUGCCCUUGGCACAACAGCACAGGCGCACAAGCUCCUCACGGUACUCGUGCGUCCGGGCCGCUCCUUCAAAGAAGACGGAAGGUACGGGGAACCCAUAGUUGAGGUGUACGAUCGGAAUACUGUAGACUAGGACCUGAGGUACUCGGGUAGCACAGCAGCUUAGGGAAAACUUUUUGUUACUCUGAGAUGAUACGAGCAGUGAUAAUGAUGAAUAAUAAAGGGAAACCUCGUAUCGUCAGAUUCUAUGAGUACCAGCCCAUGGAGAAGCAGCAAGAGCUUAUUCGGAAAAUAUAUGGAGUUCUAUGUAGUAGACCUGAGAACGUGAGCAACUUUGUCAAGGUUGAUUCAUUAUUUGAGUCGGAUGCUCGUCUUGUAUACAAGACUUAUGCCACACUGCAUGUCAUAUUCAUAUUUGAUAACUCAGAGAACGAGCUUGCAAUGCUUGAUCUGAUGCAAGUUUUUGUGGAGACACUCGACAAGUGUUUCGGCAAUGUAUGUGAACUCGACGUAGUAUUCAAUUUUAACAAGGUUAAUGCCAUCUUAAAUGAGAUUAUACUGGGGGGUCAAGUACUUGAGACAAGCUCUAUGGAAGUGGUCAAGGCAGUUGAGGACAUCUCAAAGAUGGAAAAAGCUUCCAAUUCAGUCAUGUCUAUGCCCCGAUGGCAAGGUCGAUGACUUACAACAAUGCUGGUGAGAAGUGCAGACAAAACCAAGAAGGCUAUAAUAAUGCUCAUAGUUACGAAAUCUCGAUUAAAAUAUUGCUCGUAGUUAUUUCUUUGUCAAGUGAGAUGAGUUUUUAAUAGUGGUUAUGGCACAGAAGGCCCGGAGUGAACAAUGUGGUUUGCUUCACUCUUCAGCAGUUCAGCCAAAUAAAUGGAAGCAGCCUAUGCAUUACAUUGCCAUCUGUAUGAAAGGAAUUCAAUCCUUAAAAUAAAUGCAGCAAUAGCAACGAUCCAAUAAUUUUGUUCAACAAUAGACUAUUGUAGUGAUUUAUAAACUAGCAUUCUCGUUCAGCAAAUAAAAUAAGAUUAUACAAUGUAGUGAUUUAGGCUUAUGGAUAGAGAAACAGAAAUCAGAAGAAAGAAGAAGAUCCUG